CUUAUGGAAAACCAAUUCCGCCAGGAGUUGGUCACUAUACUCAGAUUGUAUGGGCAGACUCCAUAAAAGUGGGUUGUGGCUACGCCCACUGCCAAGCGAAAGGAGUACACUACUAUGUGUGUAAUUACUCUCCAGCAGGGAAUUCUUACAAUAUGCAGCCAUAUAAAAACGGCACCAGCUGUGCUGACUGUCCCAACAGAUGUGAAAAUAACCUUUGUAAUUGUGAUGGAGUGGUUUGUGAGAACGAUGGAAUUCUGGACUUGACCACGUGUACAUGUCAUUGUUCACUGAACAGACCUUACUAUACCGGCAGCCAGUGUUCACUGAACUGCUCCGCUCUGACGCCUGACCCUUCCUUCUGUACGUCUUCAGUAUCCAUCGCCCAGUGUGCCCAAUACAGUAACAUACCAUACACGUGUCCCGUCCUUUGUAAAGUGUGUAACUACAGCCUAUCGUCUGUAGCGGAGAUAACAACAACGCCCUCCACCUCUACCUCCAUAAUGACCACAACGGUACCUUUGACGUCACACAUUGCACAAACAACUACACAUUCAUUAGUAAACCCAGACGUGAUGUCCAUCGUUUCAUCGGGACAGAAGUGUGAACCCAGAUUUACGGUCAUAGAAAACCACAGCGCAUGUCUGAAUAAAUCCGCGGAGGUGGGAAGCAGUGGCGUGACAGAGGUUGAGAAGAAAGCAAUAGUCGACAAACACAAUUUUUUGAGGUCCCGGGUGAAUCCCCCAGCCAAAAAUAUGAUGAAGAUGAGCUGGGACAAUGAUGUUGCAUUAGUGGCUCAAAAAUGGGCGGAGAACUGCGAGUUAAAGCAUGACGGAAAUUAUCAGAGGUGGAUCCCAGGGCGAUUUUCUGCGGGACAGAAUUUGUUGUGGGCAAGAUACAAAUCUACUUGGAAUGUCACCAUCUACUCAUGGUAUGCUGAGGUCUAUGAAUUCACUUAUGGGGGACCAAUUCCGCCAGGAGUUGGUCACUAUACACAGAUUGUAUGGGCAGACUCCAUAAAAGUGGGUUGUGGCUACGCCCACUGCCAAGCGAAAGGAGUACACUACUAUGUGUGUAAUUACUCUCCAGGAGGGAAUUCUUACAAUAUGCAGCCUUAUAAAAACGGCACCAGCUGUGCUGACUGUCCCAACAGAUGUGAAAAUAACCUUUGCAAUUGUGGUGGAGUGGUUUGUGAGAACGAUGGAAUUCUUGACUUGACCACGUGUACAUGUCAUUGCUCACUGAACAGACCUUACUAUACCGGAAGCCAGUGUUCACUGAACUGCUCCGCUCUGACGCCCGACCCUUCCUUCUGUACUUCGUCAGUAUCCAUAGCCCAGUGUGCCCAGUACAGUAACAUACCGUACACGUGUCCCGUCCUUUGUAAAGUGUGUAACUACAGUCUAGCGUCUGUAGCGAAGACAACAACAACGUCCUCCACCUCGAUCUCUAAUUCCAUAAUGACCACAACAGUACCUUUGACGUCAUCACAGGUUGCACCGUCAACUACCUCACAGAUUGCACAAACAACUACGAAGUCAAUAAGAAAUCAAGACAGACUUGCGCCUGUUGCGGAGACAACAACAAAGUCUUCCACCUCGACCUCCAAUUCUAUAAUGACCACAACGGUACCUUUGACGUCAUCGCAGAUAGCACAAACAACUACGUCACAGGUUGCACAAACAACUACAGCACAGGUUGCGCCGUCAACUACGUCACAGAUUGCACAGACAACUACGUCACAGAUUGUACAGACAACUACGUCACAGAUUGCACAGACAACUACAAAGUCAGUAACAGACCAAGCCAGACAAAGCAGCGGAGCUCACCGAUUGUUCGUUUACUCUGGUCUCUCUCAAUUUCUGCUACAGAUUGGGGUUGUGAUUUUAAGAUUAAAUAUGUAAAGUAAACUUCAGUGCACGAACAAACAGCCUUAAUUUCAUUUUUGUUGUAUCCUUUAUGUCUCUUGAACUAUUUUGAGUCCAUCUAAAUUAGUGAGGUAAA